AUCGCGCCCCCCAUAAAAAACCCGCACGACGGCGACGGGCCCUUUCGCUUCGCCCACGGCAUAUUCCCCCCCGAACCAAACCAAACACAACACCCAGAUCAGCGAAACACACUCCGCUCCGCUCUCCCGAAACCGGACGGACGCAUGGCGGCGGCGGCGGUGACGUCCAACGGCGGCGCGGUGGCGGCGAACGGCGGGCCGGCGCCCGGCCGGCUGGCCUCCGUGUACAGCGAGGUGCAGACGAACCGGCUCCUGCACGCGCUGCCGCUCCCCUCCGUCCUCCGCUCCAACUUCUCCGUCGUCGACGGCCCCGCCAGCUCCGCCGCGGGCAACCCCGAUGAGAUCGCCAAGCUCUUCCCCAACCUCUUCGGCCAGCCCUCGGCGUCGCUGGUGCCGGCGGCCGAGCCCGCCGCGACCAGGCCGCUCAAGGUCGGUGUCGUGCUCUCCGGUGGACAGGCGCCGGGCGGCCACAAUGUCAUCUGCGGCAUCUUUGAUUACCUGCAGGAGCGUGCAAAAGGCAGCACCAUGUAUGGAUUCAAGGGAGGCCCAGCUGGGGUUAUGAAGUGCAAGUAUGUGGAGCUCACUGCAGACUUUGUGUAUCCCUACAGAAACCAGGGCGGAUUUGAUAUGAUCUGCAGUGGAAGGGACAAGAUUGAAACACCGGAGCAGUUCAAGCAAGCUGAAGACACAGCCAACAAGCUUGAUUUGGAUGGUCUUGUUGUCAUUGGUGGUGAUGAUUCAAACACCAAUGCCUGCCUCCUUGGUGAAUACUUUAGGUCAAGGAAUUUGAAAACCCGUGUUAUUGGUUGCCCAAAGACUAUUGAUGGAGACCUGAAAUGUAAGGAGGUUCCAACAAGCUUUGGGUUUGAUACUGCUUGCAAGAUAUACUCUGAAAUGAUUGGCAAUGUUAUGACUGAUGCGAGAUCAACAGGAAAAUACUAUCACUUUGUGAGGCUUAUGGGUCGUGCUGCUUCUCACAUUACAUUGGAAUGCGCUUUGCAAACUCACCCCAAUGCUGCACUCAUUGGGGAAGAGGUUGCUGAAAAGAAGCAAACCCUUAAGAAUGUCACAAACUACAUCACUGAUAUCAUCUGCAAGCGUGCAGAUCUCGGUUACAACUACGGUGUUAUCCUUAUACCAGAAGGCCUAAUUGAUUUCAUCCCAGAGGUUCAAAAACUCAUCGCAGAAUUGAAUGAAAUUUUGGCACAUGAUGUUGUUGAUGAGGCAGGGGCCUGGAAAAGCAAGCUUCAGCCUGAAUCAAAGGAGCUGUUUGAGUUUCUGCCCAAAACUAUUCAGGAGCAACUUAUGCUUGAAAGGGAUCCCCAUGGCAAUGUUCAGGUUGCAAAAAUUGAAACUGAGAAAAUGCUUAUUAGCAUGGUGGAAACUGAACUGGAGAAGAGAAAAGCUGAGGGGAGAUACUCUGCACAUUUCAGAGGACAAGCUCAUUUCUUUGGGUAUGAAGGAAGAUGUGGCCUUCCUACUAAUUUUGAUUCUAACUAUUGCUAUGCAUUAGGCUAUGGUGCUGGUGCCCUUCUCCAAAGUGGGAAGACAGGACUUAUUUCAUCGGUUGGCAACCUUGCGGCUCCAGUACAAGAAUGGACUGUUGGUGGAACAGCAUUGACAUCACUGAUGGAUGUUGAGAGGAGGCACGGCAAGUUCAAGCCAGUGAUCAAGAAGGCUAUGGUGGAACUUGAUGCUGCACCUUUCAAGAAAUAUGCAUCAAUGCGGGAUGAGUGGGCCAUCAAGAACAGAUACAUCAGCCCUGGCCCCAUCCAGUUCAGUGGCCCUGGAAGUGAUGACUCGAACCACACUUUGAUGCUGGAACUCGGUGCUGAGUUAUAGAGAUGCGGCUUUUUUUUUUUACUUAUUUUUGUUCUUACAGUUUUGGGAGUGGAGACUGGGUACACGGGGGUCUCCUGGAGCAGCCUGCAGUCUCCAUAUUGUGAAUUGUUUAAUAAGUGCUUCGAUGGGAGUUUUCUGCUUAGCGGACUGGAUGUGGUAGCAAAUAAGAACUGGUUUAAGUUUUUUGUGUGAUCUACACACCAACUGACUUCUCUUGUAACCCUGUUCCCCUGGUUGCAAUCUCGUGAAUGAACUAAUGAAGUUGAGCCACGAUUUCGGUUUGUUUGCUUCCGGACUUCCGGGAGCAGAUUAUUA